AUUGUACACGCUCAAUGAAGGGAGAAAGGAACUAGGAGGUAUAAGGAGCAAGGAGAAAGGAAGGAUCUCAACAUCCUCAAAAGAAGAGAUCUUUAGCAUUUCCUUUUUUCUUCUCAAGAAAUUUCUCUUUUUCAUUCAUUUUUCCAUUCCGCUCUCGUUGUCUUUGUGGCUACACCCUUGCACUCUUCUCCCUAUAUCACAUACACAAUGCUUUAGUUCGAAUUUUCUUCUUGUUUUGGCUCUAUAGUAACACACAUUUCACCGAAUUUCAUGUUCCGUAGAAGAGUGAAAAUUUACCAACCUUAUCCCGCCCAUCUGUCCUUCUCUUCUAGGGUUUCUAUUAUCGCUUGCAUCUCUUAAAAUCCUUCUCCUAAUGGAUUUUUGUGCCGCUUUUUCGCAUGAAGGUUGAAAGAACAUAAAUCGGCGAGGCUUGUGAGGGAAGAAGGCAAAUAAAUCAACUUGGCAAAAAGAUUUGGUGGUAAGAGAUCAUCAUUGGCAUUCUUUUCUGAUUGCAGAUGGUCCCUAUUGCCAAGGAAGAAGGCAAACAAACAAAUCAACCUUAUUAGAUGAAAAUUUAUCUACAUCUACAUAAUAAUCCUAAUCAGGCAGAGGCAGGCACUCCAAAUAUGGCAUCUGGUAAUCCAUUGUUUGAAGAUACGACAAGUAAAGCAGGGGUGGUUGAACUUGAUCCUCCUCAUCAAGUUGAAGAAUUGUGUCAAGGCAUGAAUGAUCCUAAUUCACAGCCAAGUAUGAAACCUAAUAUCACUGUUGUUUCUAGCAACUUCCGGGAGUUAUUGGAGUGCCCUGUCUGCCUCAAUGCUAUGUACCCGCCGAUUCAUCAGUGUUGCAAUGGACAUACAUUGUGUUGUACGUGCAAGCCAAAAGUCCACAACCGUUGCCCCACUUGUCGGUAUGAGCUUGGCAACAUAAGAUGUCUUGCUCUAGAAAAGGUUGCAGCGUCUCUCCAACUUGCUUGUAAAUAUCAGAGCUCUGGUUGCCAAGCCAUUUACCCCUACUACAGCAAGUUAAACCAUGAAUCACAGUGCGGUUAUAGGCCGUAUAACUGCCCUUAUGCUGGAUCAGAAUGCACCAUUGUUGGUGAUAUUCCUCACCUCGUAACCCAUUUGAGACAAGACCACAAAGUGGAUAUGCACAAUGGCAGUAGCUUCAACCAUCGAUACGUCAAGUCCAAUCCACAUGAGGUUGAGAAUGCGACCCCCGUACUGGAUCUUGUUUUUCAUUUUGCCCAGGUUUUCAGCUGCUUCGGUCAGUAUUUUGGCCUGCACUUUGAAGCGUACCAGCUGACAUCAGCCCCGGUGUACAUAGCCUUUCUGAGAUUCAUGGGAGAUGAUGUUGAGGCAAAGAGUUACAACUACAGCCUCGAGGUGGGAGGGAAUGGGAGGAAGAUGAUAUGGCAAGGUGUGCCAAGGAGCAUAAGGGACAGCCACAACAAGGUUCGAGACAGUUUUGAUGGCCUCAUCAUCCACAGGAGCAUGGCUCUCUUCUUCUCUGGUGGAGACAGGAAGGAAUUGAAACUUAGGGUCACCGGCCGCAUUUGGAAAGAUAAGUAG